AAAAAGAAAAAAGAAACAAACAAUAAAUGAAACUCUUUCUGAUAAGCCGAAAGCAGACGACAUGUAGUGUGUUGUGCACAAAUAAUCCUUGCAGCAUUGGUGGAUAAAAACGUGACUUAGAAGGCACUCUCUGGGUCUCUGGAUAAGCAGAAAGACUUGAAUUUUGCAAGAUCUCUGAUGAUUUUUAUGCAGGAGAUUUUUGUUCCCCAGUUACUUCGCAUUAUGCAUGCAUAAAACCUUCUCCAUAAUUCUACAACAGAUUGACAACACCAUGGGCCUAUAAUUGAGCUGCUCAGAGUAACAAAAUGGUACGGGAUGGCUAAAGAAGGUAGAAGCAUUAUUGGCAUGAUAUUCAAGAAUUUCAUCCAGUCCCUAAAGCCACGACAGAUAAGAGGAACUCCAGUAGGAACAGAUUACUUAGGAAAUAAAUAUUUUGAGAUACCGGCCAAUCCAAGUGUUGGCAAGAGAAAAGCUUCACGCUGGUUUGAACCAGCUGUGAAAGAUAACUUUGAGCAAGAAAUUCCAGCAGAAUGGGAAGCAUGGCUCCGAGGACGAAGAACAGCACCACCAAUGGAAGAGGAAAUUAUGCGCAGUGUUGCCAUUAUGGAAAUGAAAAAGAAAAAUGCUGCAGAACUUGCAAGAAAAGAAGGAAAGAAAGAUCCUGGUGUUUUAGAUAAAGAGGUUAAAGGAAUGGAAUCAUUUCCAAAGUAUGAUGAAUAUGAAGUAAUGCCAGGUAAAAGUAAGGAAGCAGAUAAAUAACACACAUUGAGGCAAUUUGUUGUUUAUACAGACUGUGUCAGUCAAAAAUGUUGUUCGUGUUGAACUAUAGUUUUUUUUUUUUUGUGCCUUUAUAUGUUAUUCAUAACAUGCAGGCACGAGUUACCGUAUAAUGAUUCUCACUGAUUUCUCGUAAGAGCUUUGUUUAUGCAUGUUUAACAAUAAAGUGCAAUGAAUUAUUUUUGUGAACAUUUCUCAUGCAUUCCAUUACAGAACUGGUUUACAAAAGAAACAUCAGAGUAAUUAUAUUUCAAUUAAAGCAAAACAUAGUUGCUGUUGUGAUAAGCUUUUGUGCUAUUUAAAUGAGACCACGAACAUGUGGUACAAGAAUUGUAAUCCUUUUCUUAUGAUAUCAACAGUUGAUGCAAAUCUUCAAAUGUUGCUGAGUUUUAUGUUGAACCUUGUUUGCAAAGGCAAAAAUACUGAAAUAAUCUUAAUUGUGGAUUAAGUGAGGUGACAGUGCACAUUGGAGUAGAUUUAUUCAAAGAUUGUUUCAGCAUUGACGUGGAAUGGAUGGUGUUUUAAGUAGAACAUGACUGUUCCAUUGUCACCUGUAUGGUUCAGCUUCAUCUGCAGGAUUGUGCACCAACUUCCUACAUGUCUAUAAGAGAAAGAAAUCAGUAAAUUAGCCUACCAGUGAAUGACUGGAUUUAAAUGGAAAGCCCUCAUUUGUCGCUGUAACCUGCUCUUAGUUCAGUGCACUUUAUACAGUUUUUUUCACUGAGUAAA